AGAAACACAGAGUGCAAUAGUUUGCGGAAGUUUCCCCCUGACCGUGUCGUCUUUUUUUUUUACGCGGUGACGAAAGCUAUUUUGUUUUAAAUGUGUUUUUCUUAACGCGGUGACGAAAGCUAUUUCGUUUUAAAUGAUAGUAGGGACGGGAGGCCAAUGUUAUAGUCGAAUUAAUCAUUGUCCGGUGUAUAUUCCACGGUCACACCGACCGUAACAGUAAUGUCCAAAUCGAAGUCAUCGCGGCAUCUCAAAGAAAAUGAGUGCAAACUGUUGCCAAUCUACAAGCACAAAGCCAAACUGAUCCAGGCAGUGAAAGAAAGCACUUUUUUGGUGGUCACAGGUGAGACUGGCAGUGGGAAAACGACCCAGCUUCCACAGUACUUGCACGGCGCAGGUUUUUGUAAAGAUGGCAAAAUUUGCGUCACCCAGCCCCGCCGGGUGGCUGCCAUUACCGUGGCCCAGAGGGUGGCCCAGGAGAUGCAGUGCACCCUGGGUAAAAAGGUGGGCUACCAGGUGCGCUUCGACGACUGCACGUCACAGGACACGGAGGUGAAGUACAUGACGGAUGGCUGUUUGCUCAGAGAGGUUCUGGCAGACCCAGGACUGGCUCAGUAUGGUGUCGUGGUCCUGGAUGAGGUCCAUGAGCGAAGCCUCAACACCGAUAUCCUCCUGGGCUUACUGAAGAAGGUCUUCUCUGAUCCCGCUGAGGCAAUGAGGGGACGCUCUUUCCCACUGAAGGUGGUGGUGAUGUCGGCCACCUUGGAGACGGAGAAGCUUUCUGCCUUUCUCGGGGGCUGUCCUGUAUUCACUAUACCUGGGAGGACUUUUCCUGUGACGUGCACAUUUGGCAACGCUGUAGGACCAAAGGACUUGGACAGCAUGGGUUAUGUGAAAGAGGUUGUGUCUUUGGCGCUGGAUAUCCACACUAGUGAGAUGGCGGGAGACAUUCUGGUGUUUUUAACUGGUCAGUUAGAAAUCGAACGCGCCUGCGAUUUGCUGUUUGAGAAAGCAGAAUAUGUAGACUACCGCUACGACGUAAAGGACAAAACAAUGGAGGGGCUUCUUAUUUUACCUCUCUACGGAUCCAUGCCUACUGAUCAACAGCGGCAGAUUUUUCAGCCACCACCUCCCGGAAUAAGGAAGUGCGUUGUGGCCACAAACAUCGCCGCUACAUCGCUCACCAUCGACGGCAUCAAGUACAUCAUCGACAGCGGCUUUGUCAAACAACUCAACCACAACUCCAGGGUAGGCAUGGACAUUUUGGAAGUGGUGCCCAUUUCUCAGAGUGAGGCUCAGCAGAGAGCGGGUCGAGCUGGAAGAACCUCAGCCGGGAGGUGUUUUCGCAUCUACACGAAGGAAUUCUGGGAAGAGUGCAUGCCUGAAUAUACAAUUCCAGAGAUCCAGAGGACAAGUCUGACUGCAGUGAUCCUCACGCUCAAGUGCCUGGGUGUCCAUGAUGUCAUCAGGUUCCCCUAUCUGGACCCCCCAGAGGAGAGGUUCAUCCUAGAGGCGUUGAAACAGCUCUACCAGUUUGACGCUAUUGACAGGAGGGGUCGGGUGACUCACCUGGGCCAGCUGAUGGUGGAGUUCCCUCUGCACCCGGGCCUCACCAGGGCUUUGCUCAAAGCCGCCUCGCUGGGCUGCCAGGACCUGUUGCUUCCAGUGGCCGCUAUGCUGUCCGUGGAGAAUAUCUUCAUACGACCAGGUCACCCUGAGAAGCAGAAAGAAGCCGAUCAGUGUCACAGAGCGCUGGCGGCCGGGAGCGGCGGCAUGAACGACUUUGCCACGCUUCUCUGCAUUUUCCAGCUGUGUCAAUCAAGUGAAAGGCCUUCCGUUUGGUGCAAGGACAAUUGGAUCCACUGGAGGGCGCUCAAAUCGGCAUUCAGCGUGGAGACGCAGCUGCGUGACAUCCUCCUGCGGCUGCAAAAAAGGAGAGAUUUCCCCGUGGAGGAGUUUGACGGCAAUAAAAAUGAACUCUUCCGACGAUGCCUGUGCACAGGAUACUUCACCAAUGUUGCCAGAAGAUCAGUUGGGAAGGUGUUCUGCACAAUGGAUGGCCACGGCUCCAUGGUUCACAUCCAUCCGUCGUCAUCGCUGUUUGAGCAGGAGAUGGAGCUGGACUGGAUUCUCUUCCACGACGUGCUGGUGACAUCGCGGGUCUAUGUCAGGACCGUCUGUCCCAUCAGAUACGAUUGGGUGAAGGAGCUGCUGCCAAAACUGCACGAGGUGGACGUCUACGAGCUCAGCAGCGUGGCGAGACAGGAAGUGACCGAUGAGGAGAUGAUCAAGUGGGAGAGCAGAGAGGCAGCUAAAAGGCCACCAGAAGUUUCUACUCAGGAUCUCUUGAAGAAACUGGAGAAGCGAAAUAACGAAAGCACCGUCAGUGAUGCGCGCGCUCGCUACCUGCAGCGCAAGCUACAAAGACAACAGAACAGUAACGCUCCCUGACGUUGGAGCACCUACGCCAUGAUGGACAUGAUUGACAGUACCAUAUUUUUAGACUGUAUACCCUGACAAUAAACAUUUUGAUACCUUUUUUUUAAAA